CGAAUACGGAGGAGAUAUUAAACAUAGAGCAUAAACAAAAUCAAUGUGAUUUUGAUAAAAUAUUAAAAUGAAAUGUGACUGACGCAAUCUUUAAACAAAAGAUUCAGUGUUUUCCAAGUGCAUAACUAAUUACAGCCUCAAAUGUGAAAAAGGAACCUUUCUUGCGUGUUUAGUAUGUUUGUGGUGGUGUAAUAAAAUUGAAAGAAAAGUGAUAAAUAUUGUAACACAAUAGAAAAAGAAAAACAACACGACGAAUUACAAGAUGGGGGCCAUGAAAGAAAAAAUGAUUAGUGAUAAAAAUAAGCAAUGUAACAGUAGUGUUUUAUGCUUAAGCCGGUAAGCAUAAAUGGUGGUUGAUGGUUAACUUGAUGUAAUAUAUUACGUUUAUUCUAUUUUCCGUUGAUAAUUUAGUUUGUAUUCUUUCAUUACACUUAAAAAAACAAUGCCGUCGGUAGCCGCUAUGUUCACCAUCACCGCCGCCAACGUUUGCGUCGUAUUCAUUGUGACAUAAAAAGCUAAUGCCAAAAAGAAGUGUGACGUCUUUGGGCCAAAAAGAAAAGAUACGAAAAAAGUGAUUAAAACAAAAAAGUGAAAACUUGAAAGGUUACUUUUUGUUGUUGCACAUCAUCGAUACAUACAUACACACAUUGAAAUAUCUGUGUGGAUCAUUGCUUUGAAGUGGUUUGCUGUCGCUAUCGUCUAAGUCAACUGCAUUCAACGCAGCAUUGCCGUCGUCACCGUUACCGCCACCGCCGCCUCAACGAGAAACGUCAAUGCUUUGAGUGUGUGUGUUUACAUACACAUAAACACAAACCCGUACGUGUAUCUUUAUUUGAUUGCUUCGUUUUUGUAUCUCGUCGUACCCAUCCACCAUGUCCGCGUAGUAGUUGUAGUCGCUCGUUCGUCGUUAUAGAGUAUCUUGACGUCGUCCAUUUCGUGUGCUUUUCAGUUUUUGAUUUCGUGUUUGUGCUAAAACAACAAAAGCCGUCGCAAUAAAUUUUUGCAACAUAGUUUUUGGAUGUUCUCAAAAAAUUUUUGUUCACCACCUACCCCACUCCAACCCGCAAUUGGGGGCCCUCCACAAGUGUCGCAGUUGGGGUUUUUGUUAUUGUUGCGCCUAAACCCCCCCCUAUUCCACAUUUAUGAAGUGUGAUCUCUACGUGUGUUUGUGCAAGUGGUGUGUUCUCUGAGUUUUUAGGGGAAAGAGGGAAAUAAAAAAUCUGUAGUCUGUGAUGUUUGUGUUUCCAAAGAAUUCUAAGAAAUAUUUAAAAGUCAAAAAGUAAAGAAGGGUAACGUCUAAAAAGGCAAAAUAAAAGAAGAGAAAAAGUUAACAAGAAAUCAACACCAGCGUUGCAUCGUCAUCAGCAGCAUCUUCAUCCUUAAAGUUUUGCCUUGGUUUUUGGUGUUCAAGUGCGUUUGAGUGUGUGUGUGUCUGUGAGUUUAAGCCAUCCAAGAUAAAAUAAACAAAGCGGAAAAAGGAAGAAGUGAAUAAGAAAACAGCAAAGUUAAGCAAAAAAAGUGAGAUAUUUUCUAAAGAAACUCCAAGUGCUGCUGCAGCACCAGGAGGCAAGUAAGCUGGCCCCACACCAAACCCAAAGAGCCUGCUAUAGCCGCCGCCAUACAGACCAAGAAAAUCCAGUUCGAAAGCAGUCGUCAGUGAGCGAGUGAAUGGUCGGUCGGUCCGUAGGUCUGUCGGCUUGCUCCCCAUUCGCACGAACCAUAUUGUAGCGCGCCUUCCCCCUCCCCUUGAAAAAACAAAAAAGCAUUUGGGAGCAUUUUGACGUUUGCCGACGCCAUCUCGAAGUUUCGAAUUUUCAAGCAAAUUCAAACAGAAUGACCCAUAAAUUGAGCUAAACGAAGGAAAAAACGGUUGAAAUCUCUAAAUUAGCUUAAAAAAUAAUGUGAAUGUGAAAAAUAAUUGGAAAAGUGAAUUUAAAAAAGUGAUAACAACAUAAAAAACAAAAAACAUGUAAAGCUGUUAUAUUCAGCCUUCCAAACGGAAGCCGCCCCCUAAUACAAUAUAGGGAUGGACGGAAAAUGUGAUUGCAAUGAAAAAUUUCCCCAAAAAUAAAUGAAUAUUCGUUCCUUAAAAAAUCCCAGAGUAAACAAAAUCAAAAGCUAUUGAAGCAAAAAAAAAAAAAUAAGUUCCAGGAAAUAUUAAAUAAACCAAUAAAGCCUAGCUUCCUUGAUAUUGAGUGCCAAAAAGUUUAGAUGGCCUCAUUUAAUACCCACUCCCAUUCACAACAUCAGCAGCCCUCUCAUCAUCAGCAGCAUCUACAUCAUCCUCAUCAUCAUCAGGCACAUAAUACGGCUGCAUCAGGGGCCAAUAAUACAACAGCUGCUGAUGUUUUGAGAUCUAAUGCUUUGGCCGCCGGCGGCUCCAAUACUCAGCAUCAUACAGCUUCACAAUUGCAACAUCAUCCUCAACCCCCGCCGCCGCCUUUGUCGUUAACCAACAACUCCGCUCAACAUUACGAACGUUCCAGUUCUACAACCACCUCGGCCACCACAACCACAUUUCUGGUGCCUGUCACAUCCUCGGGUCUAGGACCUUUGGAUACCACUACAUUUUUAACUGCUGCUGCAGCGGCUGCCGCCUCACCCCAUUUUGUCACCUCCUCACCGGUUACCUUUAGUUCGCCCCUACCCAACGUUGCUGCUGGCACAGCAGCUUCUUCCUCAACUUCAUCCUCAUCCUACACUUUUGUACAGAUUAAGCGGGAACCCUGUCAAGUUUCAGAGGUUACCACCUCCAAUACCAAUCACCAUCAACAUCAUCAUCAUCACCAACAACAGCAGCAGCAGCAACAACAUCAUCACCAUCAUCAACAACAUCAUACAAUUGGUUCGCUGACAACGGCUAACGGCGGAGCAACAGCAGCUAAGACCAUGUCCUCAUCAACUUUAACGACAUUGGUCAAAAUUGAGGCUUCCUCACCCAAGGUGCAUGAUAUGGAUAAUAAAGGCCACAAUGGCAUGGCGGCGGCAGGAUCUGCAAAUAUGGUGAAUAGUUCAAAUAACACUGUACCAAUUGGCAUUGCAGUGGCCCGCAAACGGCCACAGGAAACAACAGCACCGCCACCACCUGGUCCUCCGCCUUCUUUAACGAGUUCCUCAACAUUGCCUUUGUCGCAGCAACUUAAUAAGGAUAUGAAUUGUUUCGGUAUACGAGUAGCUGAUUUAGGUGGUGUUGGCACUGGCUGUGGCAAUUUCUAUUUUACCGGCAAUGGUGAUUUAAUGACUAGUUCGGCCACAGCAGAUGAAUUGGCAUUAAAUGCUGCUAGUUUACAACAAAGUGUUAAUCGUGCUUCAUCAACAUUUUGGCAAUAUCCCAAUGCAGUUCCCUUAGAAUCCGUGAUAUCAAUGUCCCCCGCAACUGUAGGUUUACAAUACUCUCGAGAGGCAAGUCGUGGACAAGUUGUUCUAUUACCAGCAACAGCAACGUCUCUAGGAUUAUCAAAUUGUCCAAUUCUAUAUACACCCACAGAUCCCUUCCAACAGGCGGCCUUUGUCUGGCCCUCCUAUAUACCGCAGGGCACAGCGCCGGCCGCUCUACAACCGCCGCCUAACUUCAUAUUUCCCUCCAUGAGUCCACACUCGACGCUACAAGCGGCCGCAGCUGCCCCAUCCUAUGCUACGUCCCUGCAGUUCUUAAGCUCCAAUUAUCUAGCGGCAGCGGCAGCUGCUGCAGCCGCCAAUUCCACAUUGUGCCAGCAUAAUCAGCAGACGAAUAGUACCAGUAGUUCGAUUAAUUUAAGUCUAGGUGGCAGUGUGGUGUCGGGUGCAGCCUCGGGCACCACCAUGAGUUCGAGCAGUUCGACAACCACACGAUUCAUGAGUUUGGCGGCCACAGCGGGACCACCACCACCGCCCACGGCCAUAAAUGAUACGGGGCAAAUGAAGGCGACCAAUUUGAAUGGCUCCUCAUCGUCCGCCAAAGCUUUAGCCGCUGCAACGACACAAGGAACGCACACCACUUUAGCUUUAGCACCAGCGGGCAGCCUGCCACCACCAACGCAUCCCUUGCUAAUACCACCAACGGCUUUGAAGCUGGAAGACUGGAGUGGGGCAGAUUUUAUGGCGGCUGCCUCCAAGACCACUACCACCACAAUGACAGCGGCGGCGGCGGCCUUGGGUAUACCUCCACCUCCUGGCACACAUUUUGAGCUGCGGGAAAAGCACCAUCAUCAAAGUCAGCAUCAGCAGCAGCAGCAGCAUCAUUCAACGACCACAACGACUCAUCAUCCAACGAAUCUUUUGGAACUACCCGCGCCCACAACUCAAGCUUUAAAUUUGAUGCGUUUGCCCACACCUCCAGCCUCGGCUACCAUGGAAACGGCCACGGCAGCUGCAACUAUGGCCGCAGGCACCCCUCAGUUGCCACCUCUUUUGUUUCAUGCAGCAGCUAAUGCUUCCCCCACACCCACUUUGCUCAAUCUAACGGCGGCCAACUUGAAUAGGGUGGUGCCCUGCUCUGCUGCUGGCUCAGUGUCCAGUGUCAACAGCAGCGCCGCCAACGCAACUAACACCACCAACAACAACAUCUCCGGCAAUGGCUUGGCAACGAGUUCGAAUUUCCUAAAUGCACCGCCUGCUUCCAGCCUAACAACAACAACUACAACAUCCAACACCAUAGUUGCUGGCACUUCCACUAGUACUCCUACAGCCCUGGGUGAUGAUAUGGCCAUGAAUUUCAAAUCAAAUUUGGAAGGAACGCCACCCCAGAUGGUGAUGGGAGUACCAAGAUUGGCAGCCAUAACAAAUAAUCCCGCGCUUCCUACCAUUCCUGCUACACAACAACAACAACAACCUCCUGCGCCCCAAAUGCAAGAUGUGAAUAUACAAACCGAUACACCGGUCUGCAGUGAAGAUGAAAACUCCUCAUGUCCCCUCAAUAAUCAGCAGGCCUUGGUGGCAUCUGCAGGUGCUAUUUCGAGUGCUGUGGUGGUGGAACCCUGCACCACUGCCCAGUGUACGCCACCGCUUACACAAAAUGAUGAACUCUAUGCCGAUGCUGAGUCUCAAGGGCCCUUGGAGCUGACCAAACCCCAUAGACCGCCCAGCAGUCCUCAGGUGGAAAGCUCCUCAACGGCAUUGCGCCACGAUGUAGAAUACGAAGAGGAGUGCAAUCUUAAAACUACUCUGGUAAAACAAGUUUUUGAGGCCGACGAUGUUGGCGGCAUGCCCGAGAAGUCAGAGGAUAAUCCCCAGCAUUCGGUAACUCCUAGCCUCAUAACCAGCACCUCAACGCCUGUGAGUGGAGGCCAAGAGGAUCUGACCGGCCUGGAGUUAUUAUCGAACAUCAGCACCAGCAGUCUGGUAAAGGGUGCUGGUGUCAUACGGGUCAAGCAGGAGCCCCUGGAUCCCGUGCUCGAUCAAAACAUGUGCCAUGCUACAGCCGAAUCUACAUAUUCGGCCUUGGAAUCAAAUCCUUAUGGCUCUGCUAUGGCAGAUACCCAGUCAUGUGACCAAGUGACCACAAACUCUGAAAAUUAUGGCAACCCCUCAUCAUCGCCGCCACCAGCAGCGGCAGCGCCUUCACCCACCACUCCCGCCAGCCAUGCAGCGUUAAGCAGUCUGGCCCAAAAUGAGGUUGAGCCUCUGGGAGGUUUGAAACUCUUGUGUGCCCUGGCCGAGCAACGCAUACAGGAGGAGGAGGAGGUGCAGAGCAGCAGCACCUCUACAUUGAAUGCCAGCAAUGGCUUCUAUAGGCCAUCCUCACGUGAAUCGCCACACAGCUAUGUGCCGGCCAGCACAUUUCCCCCCAGUCCCUUUGUGAAGCCGGCCACAUCUUCGUUUCACAUGGGAGAAACCCAGAGUAGCACCAUUUCCCCCUUUCCUUCUAUGGAAACGUUGGAGCUACCCUCCACCAGCGGUACCUGCUUCUCAUCCACCACACUCCACACCACUGGUUCGGAGGCUCUCAGCGUGGUGCCCACUAAACGCAAAAAGCACAAACAUUCCAAAUCAUCAAAGUCCUCCUCCAAUUCAAAUGGCGGUGGCACCAGCAUCAGUGGCAGCAAAAAGUCCCAAAAAUGUGGCAAGAAAAACAAGAAAAAAUACUCCAAGGAGAAGAAGCGCCACAAGCUUUUGGCCGCUGCAGCCGAGGUGCAGCAGACAGAUUUGGACUUUGAUGACCCGCAGCUGCAGCAGGAGCUGCAGACUGCCUUUCAGAACUGUGCCGAUCCCAACUAUCAGCGCAUGGGCGGCAAGUGGCCCACUCCCCAGGAGAUCUUCAGCAUUAUGGAGAGCAGCAUGCGUCAGCGCCUGGCCGACAUUACACGACAAUAUCGCAAGAAGAAACGCAAGUUGGAUGAGAUAUCGAAAAAUAAAAAGAAGAAGAAAUGCUCCAAGCUACAAGCCGCCACUCAACAAAUGUCUCUGGUGGGUAAUACGGGACUCUCUUUGGAAAGACCUGCAACGGCGGCCAGUACAGCCUCACCGCUAACCUCCUCUCCCUUGUGUGACUACAAAUUUGGCAAUUUCUCAAGUAAGGCAGCAACGACAAGCACUUCCAGCUAUUUGGCACCCUCCAGCUUUAUACGUUUCGCCACCGAGUCCAGCAAGUCUCAAAGUCAUCACCACCUGCAAACCCCACAUCCCCAAUUUCCUCCUCCUCCCGAGUUGGAAUUAGAAAAUGAGAAUGGUGGCGCCACGGCAGCCUGCCACAGCCACACUACCAUUAACAUCAGCAAUACUCCCAUUUACAAACCGGUGCGUUUGGAACCAAGUUCCUUGUCAGCGGCCUCGGCGGAUCAAAGAGCUGGAGCUAGUGGUGGUGCUGGUGGAGGAAGCAGUUCAGGCAUAUUGCGUUUAGCCCAAAAGCAUGCCUCCUCGGAAAAGUUGUGCCAUGUUAUAGUGUGUAAGGAGCGCAAAUUGGGAGGCUCCAAUUCAUCUAGGCGUUCCAGUGCUGAUGAAGAAGAUGAGGAACCAAACACCCCAGUAGCACACUCCAGCGCCGAUAGUCACCAUCAUAAUGGUCGUCGCUCCAUAUCAACCGAUAAUGAGAGUGUACAACAACAAUCUUCCAAAUCUACAGCUUCCACAACCUCUUCGUCCUCUUCGUCUCGCAAAAUGAAUCCCAUUGAUCGCUCCCUAAUGCUUAGUCAGGAUCAUCUGUAUCGCAAGGAGACGCGAGUGCUCACCGAUAUGGGUGGCCUAUUUUAUGCGGGCAUUAUGAAGCCACUACAGCCGCCCGAUGUCUAUGCCAUAACACUGGAUGGAGAGCGUGGCAAUAAGUCGCAUAUUAUGUCCAGGGAGGAGAUUUUCAAAGAUACGAUAUUGGAAGUGGCACCCAAAACCGUUGAAGAUGUACCCAUUGGCACUCGGCUCUGUGCAUACUGGAGUCAACAAUAUCGCUGCUUAUAUCCUGGACGAGCCAUUGAGAGUGAGUCUUCGGAUGAUGGGGUGACAUCACAAGAAUUUGUUAGUGUCGAAUUCGAUGAUGGCGACAGCGGCAGGAUCCGCUUGCAAAACAUACGUUAUCUGCUCAGUGAUUAUCCUAUUGUGGAGUACAACGAUAAUCCCCUCUACUCUUUAGGCAAACAAAAGAAAGCCCAUGCUAAUAAAACACCCAACAAUAAUGAUACAGAUCACCAUCGGCAGCAGCAGCAGCAGCAGCAGCGUCAAUACGACAGCGAUCAUUUGGCAAAGGAGGCCCACAGCAAUAGCUCUGACCUGGAGCGUGUAACCAGCAAUGGUUCCCAUAGGGAUUAUCAUCAGGCCACUGCCAUGGAAAUAUUUGCCGCCAAACGCAGUGAGAAGAAACGCAAUAAGAGCCUGAAGAAGAAAUCCCUGCAACAGAAUGCCACUUGCAAUGUCUCUUCCUCCUCUUCGUCGUCGGCCAUGCUAGUGGCUGCAGGCACCUCCUCCUCCGCCAAUGGUACUUUGGAAGCCUCAGAGUGUUUGCGCAAACACCACAAGCAUAAGAAGCGCAAGAAGCAUAAGAAGCAUCGCAAGAAUCUAAUGGAGAUUGGCAUUGUUUCGGAGAUGGAUAAGACCUCCUUUAGUUCACCCACCUCAUCCUCGUUUAGCACCAAACAGGAGCGCACAAUCAAAGAAUCGUCAGCUACAUCGUCAUUACUGCACCAUCAGCAUCAUCAAGCGUCGGCAUUGCAGGAUCAGCAACUGCAACAUCAUCAUCAACUAUCCAAAACAGAAAUCUGUGAUGAAGAGGAGGAGCAGGAAGAGGAGCCAGAGCCCAGAGAUGCUGUUGAACCCACAAAUACUCAAACUGAGCAUUCUCAAAUUGCCGAAGAAGACAACGAAGAAGAUGAAGAAGAAGCCGACGAGGAAGAAGAAGACGAGCCCGAAGAGGAAGAUGAAGAUGGGGCACAUUUGAAUGUGCCACACAUCAAACAUGAACGCAAUCAUGGCCACCACCAUCAUCAUAGUGUUAAAGUAAAAACCGAGCACUUGGAAAUGGAAGAGGAAAGCACUUCCAAUUUAAUGUCCGAAAUUUCGGAUGAGGCCAAGGCUGAUGAUAUGGUGGAACACAACAGCUCCAAGGGCAGCAAGAUAGCCGCUUUCUUACCAGAUCGCCAGUUAUGGGGCUGGCUGGGUAAGGCCUAUUGUAAAUAUGGCACUAAGGGUACAAAGGGGAGGAUACGCAAGCAAUUCUACAAAACCAUUAAACGGGGAAAGGAAACAAUAACGGUUGGGGAUUGUGCAGUAUUUUUAUCAACUGGACGACCGGAUCGUCCCUAUAUUGGACGCAUCGAAUCAAUGUGGGAGAAUUCAUGCAAUAAUAAAAUCGUACGUGUGCGAUGGUUUUAUCAUCCUGAAGAAACAACAGGAUGUCCUAAAUUAAAAUUUCCGGGUGCUCUAUUUGAAUCACCUCAUGAAGAUGAAAAUGAUGUACAAACAAUAUCACAUCGCUGUGAAGUGUUACAAUUUGCCCGAUACUAUAAUAAAUUUGGAGCAGAUUCAAAGCAAUAUCAAUCGAUAUACGAUAAUAAUGAUACAUAUUACUUAGCAGGCUAUUAUAAUCCAAGAUUACAAGUCCUCAAAUUACAAGAUAAUAUUCCAACUCUCGAAGAGCAGCAACAGCAAAAACAACAAAAUGCAACAACAACAACAACAAAUGUUAUUAAUAAUACUAACACUAAACACACAAAUAUUACUACGGAUUAACUAAAACACAAAAAAGAAAACAAAGUAAAAGUAAAUACAAAAGAAAAAAGAAUUUUAUUAUAGUUAUAAUAUAAAUUAAAGUAAAAAAACAACAACAUAUUCUCUAUAUAUAUAUAUACACUACAAUAUACAUAUAAAUAUGAAUAUAAUUUAUAUAUAUAUACCGAAAAAAGAAAUGAUAUAUAAAACCUUAAGGUGUAAGAAGUAUAAGUUUGAAGUAUAGUAAAAAUUGACUAUAUACACAAAUACACACACACACACACACAAUGGCAUAUGUACAUUUGUAUGUUAUCUAUACGACAACAACAACAGCAAAAGCAACAAGCAAAAGAGAAACAAACCAUACCCAACUAACAACUUAACAUACUUAUACAUUUAUAUACAAAAAAAAACAUUUAUUAUAAUUUUAUUUUAUUUUAUUAUUUUUUUUUUUCGUUGUUUUUGUAACCCCAGGUUUAAAACAUUUAUUUUCUAUGUACAGUUUAAGAUAUUAAAUAUACAUAUAUACAUACCUUUGUGUAGUAGUUUUCUGUUUAAGGUUUUAUUUUCUUUUGUUAAAUAUUAUUUUACAUGCUCAAAACAAAAACAAGAAAAAAAAAAGAAUUGCUAAAAAUAUUUUAUGGUCUUU